CUACGCGAAAAUCCAAUCCUAGCCGUUAAAAGUCGAAAAUUUGUUGCCGUUAUAAAUAGUAACCUUUGCUUUUAUUUGACUUUUCUCUCCUCGUAAUCUGUUUCUCCUUUUAUCCUCUUCUGUCCUCAACGCCUCGAGCUCUCAAGAUUAGGAGAGAGGACAGAGAGAAUCGAAGAUUUAGGAUUAGGAUCAGGAUCUUUGCUCCAGCAAUUUAAGAGGCCGGCUACGCAGUGGUGUCGCGGCCAAUUGUUUGGCCGAGCCAGCCAUGAUGGCAAACGGGAGGCUUCAGAAGCAGGCAUUGCUGCCGCCGCGCAUCCCGUUCCCGGCGCCGCAAGCCGAGCUCGGCCCGAUCGCGCGGCCACGGGACGCGCACCACCGGCAAGGCCACCAGCGCACGUCGUCGGAGAGCGUCCUCGUCGACGAGCAGCCGUCGUGGCUCGAUGACCUGCUUGACGAGCCUGACACGCAGGCGCGGCCUCACGCCCGUCCCGGUCACCGUAGGUCGUCCAGCGACUCGUUCACCAUGUUCGACGGUGCCACCGCCGUUGCCUCUGCUGGCAUGUGUGACAAUGUGUUUGACGGAAUGAGGGGAGGAGGACAGGUUGGUUCUUGGGGCCGCGCACCAGAGUUUUUCCCGGAGCCGAGUUCGUUUGGGCGGCCGCAGGUGCAGGCUCCGCAGUGGGAUCCUAGACAGAUGUUCCUGCAGGGUGGUGCCAUGCCACUGCCAGUGAGGGAUGGUAUGCCGCUGCAAGCAAGGGAGAAGAGCGGCGGCCAUCAUGGUGUCCUGCCAAACGGGGCAGACAUGAAAGGAUAUGGUGAUCCAUCUCAUGAUCAGUUGGUUGGAGCGGAGCGAAACGAAGGCGAUGCACACCUAAAGCACUCUCAGUCAGAGGCAGACACCAAGCGAGCUAAACAGCAAUAUGCUCAGAGGUCUCGUGUCCGGAAGCUCCAGUAUAUUGCAGAGCUCGAGAGAAGAGUUCAAGCCUUACAGACACAAGGGGUAGAAGUUUCAGCUGAAAUGGAUUUCCUUGGUCAGCAAAAUAUCAUGUUAGACCUGGAGAACAAAUCCUUGAAACAACGGCUUGAGAGUCUAUCACAGGAGCAUGUAAUUAAACGCGUUCAACAAGAGAUGUUUGAGCGGGAAAUUGGUCGUCUUAGAUCAUUGUUCCAACAGCAGCAGCAGCAACAGCAUGCAAUGCAGCAGCAGGCUCCUGCCCACAGUCGUAGUAACAGCAGAGACCUGGAUUCACAGUUCGCAAACAUGUCCCUGAAGCACAAUGAUUCAAACUCAGGGCGUGAUGCUGUCCACGGACUUCGCAUUUGAGACUCUUUCUAGCCUUUGAUUCUGAGAGUUUCACAUAGCUUGCUACCCCCGUGACAUCACUAUCUUGUGGUUGUUAGUUACAUCAUGAGAGGGGAGCGACAACUGUUAACCUAGAAUCACAUCACAUGGGGAAUAGUUCUGGGAAGGGUAGUAACCAUGGAUCCGAUCUUCAUUUUCUUUCAGAAUGUGCACCUGAUGGUCAUCCUCAGCUCAUAUGCAAUGUUGAAACUCGACCAUACAGAGGUGUUUAGGUCUUUCUAUUCGUAGGGUGAUGCUUUUCUUGCAUCCUUAAUCA